AUGUACACCGUUUGUGUUGCCCAGCAAUGCGCCGUAUUAACCACCGGCGCUUCUUCGCUCACAGGCAUUAUCCACGUGAACAAAUCCUACGAGUUGACACUCACGGCAAAUGCCGUCUUCGAACCGAUCUGUACCGAUGGCUAUACCGACUAUACUCAUGUAGCCGCCGUUCUUGACACCCGCGAUCCAUUUUACUCCUCCGUGACGCCUCAGCUCUACGCCAUCGGUUGCUGUACGGUCGUCAGCUAUGUUCUCGUCAUAAUUUUACUUAUCACCCCGCGCACUUUCUUCGUCGGCGGCCCUGGUGGCGGUGGAGAGAAUUUCCUCGGUCGACAUAGCAUGAUCAGUCGGUCAUAUAGUAGGAACUCGUCGAUCGUCGGCAUUGGUGGUCGGCCAUGGCUGCAAAAAGUGGCGGCGUUUCUCGUUGCCAUUUCCUUGACAAUCGCCACGGUUGACUCAUUCAGAGUUGCCGAAAUUCAGUACGAAUACGGAUACUCUGAUGCCGAAGCACUCUCCGAGGAGGUCAUUGAUGGGAUGGAGAUUCGCAUUGUGCGUGUCAUUUCGCAAACGUUUCUCUGGCUGGCGCAAGUCCAGACGUUAAUUCGGCUAUUUCCGCGACAUAAAGAGAAAGUGAUGAUUAAAUGGGCUGGGUUUGCCUUAAUUGUCCUGGACACGAUUUUCAGUAUCUUGGAGAGCUUCUUCUUCAAGAAUAGUUCAACACAUCCAAGAUUAUACGACGAUGCCAUUCCGGCACUCAGCUAUCUAUUUGAGUUGGCUCUCAAUCUUCUAUACGCCGCGUGGGUCAUUUUCUACUCUAUCUCGAAGCACCGCUAUGCAUUUUUCCAUCCAAAGAUGCGCAACAUUUGCUUUGUGGCUCUUUUGUCACUUUGUGCAGUCUUAAUCCCGGUGGUAUUCUUCGUCAUGGACAUUGCAAAACCGGAGAUUGCAGGCUGGGGUACCUACAUUAGAUGGGUCGGAUCGGCAGCGGCCAGUGUGGUAGUAUGGGAGUGGGUGGAACGUAUAGAGGCGCUUGAGCGAGAUGAGACGAAAGACGGGAUUCUUGGUCGCGAAGUCUUUGAUGGCGAUGAGAUGCUCGAGGUGACUCCGUCCGAAGAAGUCGAUUGGCCCCGAUAUUCACCCCAUGGCCAGAAUAAAGGAGGAGGAAACGGCGCUUCUUCUGGCUGGGGUGGAGUCAUGAACUUAGCCCAUCGACCACUACGAACUCGUGUGGGCACCAAUCGUGGAAAUCGUGCCCGUGGAUCUGGCAGUGCGCCACCCCCGAAGGGAGUCACUCCGUCAAGGCGUCAAAACAACCAUCGCCCUACCCCACCCCCGGCGGUCAUUACUCCAGUCAGUCGAGCUGACACCAGCAGUGCUCCCAGCACAGUCUAUAAUGUUCGAUAUCACCCAGUCGCCAGCCCUACACCACCCGUCGCAAUGCCAAACAUGGAAGAAGAGGAGGCAGAAAUAGAAGAAGAAAAAGAAAUAGAGAUCGAGAGAUAUAUUGGGUCAGGCGACGUGGAAGAGGAGGCCCCUGCCCACGAUGGCAGAGAGCAAUCACCACAGAUGGUUCAUGCCGAUCCGCGAUGGCGCAAUCUCAUUAAUCACUUUAAGCGAAGACGCGGUUCUCUUCCGAGGGAAGUUGCUUUUGCGCAAGCUGGAGAUGAAUCGGCUGACGAAGACGACGGCCAUUUCGAUGACGAAGACCCUGAGCAACAUACCACACAAACGAGAUCCAACAAUAACUUCUUCUCGCUACAUCGGCCCCGACUUUCCGGUGCUGGGCCACAGUCUACUGAUGCCCCGUUGGCCGUCACAGUAAUCCCCGCCCGUCGCCGUGGACAGCAGACUUGGUCCCCUCAACCUCGAAACAGUUUGCUGGAAGCAACAGAAACUACAUCUAUUAAUCAACAUGAGCAACCCCGACCUGGGCAAUCCAAUCUACCCGUCCGAGUCAUCCCUUCUCAGCCCCAUGCAUCUGCGCCAUGGGGUGACGCAGACCUGGAACAUGGAGAUGGGAAUUACGUUCUCCGUUAUGACCCUGAAGCAGCUGCUUUAGUCCAUGAGCGUGUGAGCCAUUCACAAGGAGAGCCUGCUGUGGCUGGUAACCGUGCUAGUUGGACAGCGACAACCGUCUCAGAGGCUGAUUCAGAUCAAGUUGACGAGCCCCAAGCUCCCCAGCAUCACGAUCAUGACCACACAUCCUCUUGA